GGGCAAUGGGGCGACUUCUACGUCUUCGCCAUGUGAGAUAUGUCUCGGCUUCUGAACCUUCCUAUUCCCACGAUUCUCUUUCUCUUUCUUAUUAGAUCCUUCUUUCUAAUGCCUUCAAUAACCUUUUCUCUCCUCUCUCUCCUCUCUGUAACCACUUAACUCUUCUCUGUUUCUCUGACACUUCUUUUUUAUUUUGUUUUCCAUCCAACUUGUGCUCUUAUCUGUUUUUUUCUCAUUAAUUUUUGAAUCUGUCUCCUUAAUCAUUCCUUCCAUUUCCAACGAUUUCCUUCUCUUUUGUAAUUUUUUACACUUUUUCUUCUCUUCUUACUUCUAUCAUCAAUCCUCUGCUUCUCUGCCCUUUUCCUGUUUACUUCACAGUUUACAUUCAUCAGAAACCCACCUCUUGAUUUUGAUGUUUAAUGCCUGCUACUAUGCUCAUCUCUUGUAAUCUCUUUAAAUGGGGCUGUAAAUCGAUGUGGGGUUUCUUUGAUUUUGUGUAGGAUGUUAAGUUUGGGGCCAUUUCCUAUCAAGAAGAACCACGAUGGGUUGCACUUCUUCUGUUUACGCAGUUGGGAGGAAGAAGAAACUGAGCAUCCCGGAGAUGGUUGUGUUUGUUCCUUCCAUGCGAAUUCCAGUGCAAUCUGAUCUUCAGAGACCUCUGAGAGGCCUUAUUCCGAAUGAUCUUGUUCAUAGACUGUCUUCCCUUCGUAAUCAGAUUGUGUUGGUGGCUGAGGAUACAGGUGGAUCUGCUAUAACAGAAUUGCGGCGAGCUCUAGAGGAGUAUCUAUCUGUUUUAAUUGGUUUAACAAAGAAAGAUGAUGGAUUGAUAGAGUUCAAAUGGAGAAAUUUAGAAAAUGGACGACAAGAAACAUGUGUAGCAAACUUCUGGUUUGAAUUGCUGUCUGUUGUUCACUUAAUGGCUAUGCUGACUCUAUCAGAAGCUGAUUCCUUGAUGAUCCCCAAGGAUCACACUGGUUCUGGUUUGAGAGUAGUGUCUUCAGAUUGCAAGAGGGAUGCCAUUGAUUUGCUUAUUAAAGCAUCGGGGUAUCUCGAUUGCUGCAUUCGGGAUAUUCUGGUUUACAUUCCAUUUGAUAUUAAGAAGCGGUUGCCUAAUGAUUUUCAACCAGGUAUGCUUGAAGCCAUUUCAAUUCAAACUUUAGGACAGGGAACUGAAAUCCAACUUGGUUUAGCUGUUGAAAGUCAGAACGCCACCUUAUCCGUGAAAAGGAGAUUGGCAUGUGAGCAGUUGAUCUAUUUCAGCCAGGCUUACCAAUGCUUAUCAGAAUGCGACAUGGAUCGAGGAUAUGGAAAGAAGCACAUGUCAUUCAUUAAAUGGAAAUUUCUUGAAUCCAAGGCUGCAGCUUACUACUACCACGGUCUGAUCCUCGACAAAGGUUCGGAACCGUCGUGCCAUAUCAGUGCUGUGUGCUGUUUUCUUGCUGCAGAAGAGCUUCUGCUUGAAAGCAAGAAGGCCUGCUUGAGCUUCUGUCUUGCAUCUCCUGUCACCAGAUCUCCUCCACUCUGGGGUGCUAUGAAGCAUUUACAUCAGAAAAUUCCAGAAGUUGCUUCUAGGAAGUCUCAGAUGUAUGGAUACCUCUUGGAACAGGAGAAGGCACUUCAAGCAUUACCUGAAUUACCAGAAUUUCAACUGUCAUUAAGACCAGAGGAAUAUCAACUACCUGAACUUGAUUCAGCUUGGAGCUCUGAAAAUUGUGAAGCCCAGAGUCAGACCUUAAAGUUAAAGGAACACCUUAAUGAUAGUGAUUAUGAGACUUUAUCUGAAUGAUUUCUUUUAAUCUUUCAUGUUAAAUUUUAUUUAAUAUCAGUAUUUUGGCAUAAUGAAAUUAAUUACCAAAAAAAGACAUCAAUUACAUUUCCCA